AUGAUUGAACAAGGCGCGCUGCAGAAAAACCAAGUUGGUAAACUCAGUUCCUCACUCCCCUGGAGCGCUCCUCGCACGAGCAUGAAGCUCCUCAAGCGAGGGGAUGCGCCCCCCCUCGGGGGUGGGGGCAUGCGCUUUGGGCCCAUGACAGCGGUCCUUUUAUUUGUGAUGGGCUUUGGACUGAGCUCCAUCCUGCAAUCCCUCGGAUCUCUCAACAUGUCGUCGAGUGCGUUUGACAGCUCUUUUCAGCAGCUGUACCACAGCUUUGGCCUGCUGCUGCCGUUCUGUGCCGGUCCGACGGUCGUCUCAGUGGUGCGGGAGGGCAGUGUGAACACGACCCUGGCGACUUUGACAGAGAAACUGUCAAGAAUGGAAGCAACAACGGAGCUAAAGGCGGGGGCGUUUGGAGACCUCACAGCACGCAUAGUGGCGCAGGUUGAAGGGUCCGCAGCGGGCUGGAAGGAAGCGCUUGCAGGCGUCGAAGCCAGACUCGCCAAGGCGCAGGAGUCGGUUCCUGACCGCAAGCUAAGCGCAGAAACGGACGAAAAUGUCCCUAGUGAGGAGGAAGUGGAUAAGCUAUGGGAGGGAUGGUCGAGCGCGUAUGCUGUGGAGGACCUGCACUUCAAGGGCGCUCCAGUACAGUCUCCAGGAAUGCUCCCGCCCCCUCACUUACAGGACUGCGCUAAAGUGACGGCGGACCGUACAGCCUGGGAGACCCGGGGUGAAGACGGGGCAUUACCACUGUGGCACAGCGGGCACAUAUUUGGCCAGGGCGACGGGGGUGUGAAUACCUCCCAGCCCCCGUGGGUGUACGGGGCAGACAUCGACAACAUCCCAGCAACACGGCGUGCGCAGGCGGACAUCUGGGCGCAUCAGCAUCCAGCUGAUUGCCACGACCCCAACCUGCGCUUCCUGGUGGCUGACUGGUGGACUGUCGAAGUGCACGGGCUGGGUUCUCAGUUGCACGGGUGGACCAUUAUUCUGGCGGCCGCCCUGAUCCACAACCGCGUGCUGGUGCUGCCUCACACGUACCAACCGGCGAGCCACGAAGGGUGCGAGGCGGAGGGGAAAAAAGACUCGCUCGCGUGCUUCUUUUUUGACUUCGUUAGCGAGGAGUGCAGGACGGUCGGCUUGGACCUGUUUGCGCGCAAAGUGUCCGUGGCCCGCGGCGCGCACAACGCGAGCAGCGAGCAAGUAGUCACAGGGCUCGCCUCUGACGCGCGCGUUUACUUCGUCAGGGAAAUGUUUCACCACGCGCACUACUGGCUGUACACCGAGCAGGCCCCCAGCAACUGGGGCCAGCCGUGGCUGAAGGAGUCGGUGUUGACCCUGGAGAACCAGGGCAAGCUGUUCCACGCGGACGAGAGGCGCGCGCGCACUUCCUGGUGGCGCGCGCAGGCCACCAAGUACCUGCUGCGAUGGCCCAGCAGCUAUCUGUGCCGUCUCACCAACCGGGAGCGGCACCGCGUAUACGGAAAGCAGGUGGCCCGUGACCUGCUUGCCGCCAAAAUGCGCCAGAGCAGAAUCCUCACCGACUCUAGUUACGGCGGCCUCAUGAAAGGCGAAUUGGAGACCACGUUUUGGAGCCCGGAUGAGCGGGGGCCCUUCUUGCCGGGGCCUUGUAUCUCAUUGCACGUGCGGCAGGGGGAUAAGGCGGCCGAAAUGGAACUGUACGACUUCGGCGCCUUUAUGGCGAUGGCGGAGCGGAUACGGCGGCACAACCCUUCCGUCAGGACCAUCUGGUUGAGCACGGAGAUGGAGACAGUGGUCAACGAGACGCGUCUUUACCCUUCGUGGGAUUUCCUAUACACCCGGGGGCUCCCCCGAGUUUCCGAGAUGCGGGGCAUCGGGAGGGGCCGGGACAUUACCGACCAGUCGUUCGUCAAUCUGGUUAUCUCAGUGGAAUGUGAUUACUUUGUGGGCGUACCGGGCUCUAACUGGAACCGGUUGAUCGACGAGAUAAGAAGAACAUCGGGAAAACGUCGGACUGCUCAUGUCGCGUUGAACAUGGGCGAGGCGAGAUGAGCUUCCCUACGAGAUCAAGGCGCACAUUGGGGCCGAUCGCGCGCCUUUGAAACCCUGUCGUGCGAGUAGAAUCCUCUUGGUCCGAGCACGUAGCUUUUCUAUAAGCCGCUAUUAUGAACUUAAAGGAUUGCCGAGUGAAAUUGCAGGCUUCAGAGCUGAUAUAGAGGUGCAGAGCGGACGUUUGACGUAGACGGUAUCAAGUCCUUCAACCAGGAGAUUUGACCACUUGAAGUAGGCCGGAAUGCUGUAAAUAGUGGCCAUGCGUACAUUGAUGCGUGUCUGCAUGCACGUCACCUCCCUGAUAAAGUAUCCAAGUUUCAGCUCGAUUUCAUUGAGCUAUUCCGCA